GUGACGUCAUCCCGGUGUCAGGUGAUCAAACAGGAAGAGAGAGAGACGACGAGACUCCCCGGAGCUCUCGGGGACCCCGGAACCACAGUGUGUUAAAACCAUAGACAGUAUAUGGUUAAACCGAGCCUCCAGCAGAGUUGUAGUUUAAAAGAUUCAGCGCGAAGGAAGUAUGGAGGAUGAUGAACUUCCGCCAGCGGCUGGGUUGGCUCUCCGUGGCGUUCUUCCUGCUGCUGAGCGUGGGGGGGGCGUACUACGUGUUUGAGGUUCGCAGCGUGAGUUUGGAGCACGUGCAGAGAGGCGUGUCUGGCCCGUCGGCCCCGCCCCCCCCCAGCUGGGCCCAGAGCCUCGCCGCCCGCCUGCCGCCACUUCCUGUGUGGAUGUGGGCGUCGGUCUUCCUGCUGCCGUACCUGCAGCUCUUCCUCUUCCUGUUCUCGUGCACGCGCGCCGAUCCGCGCGCCAUCGGCUACUGUGUACUUCCUGUCUGCCUCGCGCUGCUCUGCAGCCGCUGCGCCGCCCGCAAACCAGCCAAUCACAGAGCCCCGUCGCUCAUCCACACCUAGAGGACAGCCAAUCACAGAGCCCCGUCUCUCAUCCAAUCACAGAGCCCGGUUCCCUCGGACAACAGACUGUUUGUUUGUGAGAUUAUGUGAUUCUCCCGCGCUGUGAUUGGCUGCAGGAUGGGUUUGUGUCGUCAUUUUCCUGAAUCCCAAAACUAUGUUGUAUUUAAGACGAGUCACAUGACACAUGCUGGUAACCAUGACAACUUUAUUCUGAUGACAAUAAAAUGAAAAAAACUAAUAAAAUGUGACGUUUUAUA